UGUAGACACAUUCCACAUUGCAAAAAACAAUUUGUACUCGGCCGUCAUUUGAAACAGUCAUUUUCAGUCAAAGAUUUGUCUUUAUUAUCUGUAUACCAUUCACCAAAUUUAAUUCUAACACUAAGAAGGUUUUUGAACAUGUCAACUGAAGGCAAAAUCAUUACUUGCAAAGCUGCUAUUGCUUGGGAGGCCAAAAAACCACUUGUGAUAGAGGAUGUGGAGGUGGCACCACCCAAAGCUCACGAAGUGCGAGUCAAAAUAAUUGCUUCCGGUGUUUGUCAUACUGACGCGUACACUCUGGGUGGCUUUGAUCCUGAAGGAGUAUUUCCAGUUAUACUUGGGCACGAAGGAGCUGGUAUAGUAGAAAGCGUUGGCGAAGGCGUUACUGGAUUUAAGACUGGAGAUCAUGUCAUCCCUCUUUACAUUCCACAAUGCAAUGAGUGCAAAUUCUGCAAAAGCAACAAAACAAAUCUUUGUCAAAAGGUGCGAUCAACUCAAGGACAAGGUCUGAUGCCUGAUGGCACAUCACGUUUUACAUGUAAGGGUCAGAAAGUAUUUCAUUUCAUGGGUACCUCGACAUUCGCGCAAUAUACAGUGGUCGCUGAUAUAUCACUGUGCAAGAUUGAUGAAAAUGCAUCACUGGAAAAGGUCGGACUUCUUGGUUGUGGCAUUCCCACAGGUUACGGUGCGGCAAUUAAUACUGCCAAAGUGGAACCGGGCAGCAUUUGCGGUAUUUGGGGCUUAGGCGCCGUCGGUCUAGCCACAGCUAUGGGCUGUCGGAAAGCUGGUGCUGCUAAAGUCUACGGUAUCGAUAUAAACCCUGAUAAGUUUGAAGUAGCUAAAAAAUUCGGUGUGACCGAUUUUAUCAAUCCAAAAGAUGUGGCUGAUAAGGGUCCCAUUCAAAAUUAUAUUAUCGACCUAUUGGAUGGUGGUUUUGAUUAUACUUUUGAAUGCAUCGGCAAUGUAAAUACAAUGCGUGCCGCAUUAGAGGCAACACACAAAGGAUGGGGUACUUCCGUUAUUAUUGGUGUUGCAGCUUCUGGUCAGGAAAUAAGUACGCGACCUUUCCAAUUGGUUGUUGGACGAACAUGGAAGGGCACUGCUUUUGGCGGAUGGAAAAGUGUAUCAGAUGUACCUAAAUUGGUCAAGGAAUAUUUGAACAAAGAACUUAUGGUAGAUGAAUUCAUUACGCACACCAUGGACUUGAAAGCCAUUAAUGAAGCAUUUGAUUUAAUGCAUGCCGGCAAGAGCAUUCGCGCUAUUGUAAAAUUGUAGAAAGAAACUAUGAAAACGUUAAAUAAAGCACAAAGAGUUUCUUACAUUAAAUAUA